AUGAAGUGGGCGAGUCUCGAGCCGUUGAUUUCCGCGAUUCGUGCAUUUGUCCCCGAGCUCGUGUCGGCGAAGCACAAAGGCCAAGCGGGGAAGAUCGCUGUGAUUGGAGGAUGUCGCGAGUACACGGGAGCUCCUUUCUUUGCCGCCUUUUCCGCGCUCAAGCUGGGUGCAGACAUUGCCCACGUGUUCUGCUCACGAGAGGCCGCGCCAGUCAUUAAAGCGUACAGCCCAGAGCUUAUAGUGCACCCGGCACUGAGGGAAUCUUAUGAUGUCAGGCUUGACACGCCAGGUCAGCGGAAAGAGAUUGUGGAAGCAGCCGUGAGGACGGUUUCUGAUUGGCUGCCGCGGAUGGACUGCGUUGUGAUUGGGCCAGGGCUGGGCAGGGACUCGCUGCUGCAGGAAUGUGUGGCUGACAUCAUGUCUGCCGCCCGGCACGCACGCAUCCCCAUGGUCAUUGAUGCGGACGGUCUACACUUGGUGUCGAACCAGCCUCGGCUCAUUUCCGGCUACCCCCUUGCCAUACUUACACCCAACGUCAACGAGUUCGCUCGCCUCUCCCAGGCCGUGGCAUCUCAGCGUGACUCCACAGCAGCUGCAGCACCAGCUGCUUCGGGGCCAUCGAACUCCGCCAGUUCGCUCGCCCAGCUAGCGGCAGACCUUGGAAAUGUCACCAUUGUGCAAAAAGGAGCAGCUGAUGGCAUUUCGGAUGGAAAUGCAGUUUUCGAGUGCGGCCUUUUUGGAUCCCCCAGGCGAUGUGGCGGGCAAGGAGAUGUGCUCUCAGGAAGCAUUGCAGUGUUUUUCGUCUGGGCCCGCAAGUGGCAGCAGCGGCUACAGGAAGAGCAGCAGCAGGGGGGUGGUUCUUCCGAUGCUGAGAUGCAGCAGCUGGUGGCACAGCAGCUGUCGGACAACCCAGCAGUCAUGGCAGCGUUUGCAGGGUCGCUGGUGGUGAGGAGAGCGGCAGCAGAUGCCUUUGCCAAGCACAAGCGCAGCAUGACCACGACCAACAUCAUUGAAUGCCUUGGCGAAUGUGUUGAAGACCUUUUCCCUGUUGGUCCAUGGGUGCCACAGCCAAACCUGUGA